AUGCAGAUCUUUGUGAAGACCCUGACGGGCAAGACCAUCACGCUGGACGUGGAGCCGUCCGACAGCAUUGACAAUGUCAAGCAGAAAAUCCAGGACAAGGAGGGCAUCCCGCCUGACCAGCAGCGCCUGAUCUUCGCCGGCAAGCAGCUCGAGGACGGCCGCACGCUCUCGGACUACAACAUCCAGAAGGGUGCGUCUCAAUACGCUCAAAAUGACCGAAGUCGACGCUCCACCUGGUGCUGCGCCUGCGUGGUGGUGCCAUCGAGCCCACGCUCGCCGCCCUGGCCAAGAAGACGAACUGCGAGAAGCAGAUCUGCCGCAUCUGCUACGCGCGUCUCCCGCCCC